AAUCUUGGUGAAGCGCGGUGUGUAUUGUCUUAUAAAAUAUUCUAUUGAUAUGCGGUAAAUAAAAAUAUCACAGAAUUCCGGCAUGAAGUAGUUUCCAAAGUUUGUCAUCUAAAAGCUGCCAGUUUGACUGACAGCGUGAACCAAAGCCUGCGCGUUAAGAUUGCGCUGAAGAAUUCUUGAAUCCGGCCGUCACCUGUAUUGAAAAGAGAGACAACGUGGAGAUCCCAAAACCAACGCCAGUAUGUUUAGUUUUCACAAGCCGAAGGUGUAUCGGUCGACUACAGGCUGUUGCAUCUGCAAAGCCAAGUCGAGCAGCUCACGAUUUACGGACAGCAAAAAGUACGAGGAUGAUUUCAUAGAAUGUUUCCAGCUUCUGGAACGCCGUACAGGAGAGAUAUGUAAUGCUUGUGUUCUCCUGGUGAAACGUUGGAAAAAGUUGCCUGCUGGAAGCGACCGUAAUUGGAGUCACGUCGUUGAUGCUCGUGCCGGACCUGGAAUAAAAUCUCUGACAAAGUUCAAGUCAAAGAAUAAGAAAAAACUGAAGGAAGUACAAGACAAACAUGAGAAGAUCGUUAAAAAGAAGCAUGUUUACCUGAAACCUGAUCGUGAAAGGGAACAAAGUCCUGCAAUGAGUGAUGAGUACGCCGAGGACUUUCUACCAGAUAAUGCAGGAGGAGGCAGUAAGAAUUCAAGCCGUGCUGGCAGCCCUGCCGGAAGCGAUGAUGGUUUAACAGGAGUAAAAAGGUUAGCUGCGGAACAAGGUGAAUCUGGAAUAAAAAGACGAUUGCCUCAAAUACCAGUCAGUGGUUUCAUUGACCUGACCUACUUCAAAAGAGAAACAAUCUGCUGCGGUACGAUAUUCAAGGGUCCGUAUGGAGAAGUGAUGAUCGACCCAUCAUUAAUAAAACCUUGCAUUGGGUGCUUGGCCAGGCAAGAGGGACAGAGACAGGCAAAUGCAGUGAGCAGUAGUCCUUCGCACAGUUCAGCAUCCGCGAGCCCUGCACACAGUUCAGCAUCUGCGAGUCCUGCGCACAGUUCAGCGUCAGCGAGUCCAGCGCACAGCUUAGAUUCGACUGUAGAACCGACCGUUCCCAAACCGGUCACCAAAUCGUUCAGUGACUCCUCUUCGGAUUCGGGCUAUGACGAAUCUUCCAAUCAAGGAGUUGGUGAGAGCAAGCUAGCGAAAAUAAUUCCAAAUUCGAAUCCGUCUGUUAAGCAGGAGGUCAAGACAAUACCUGUACAGAGUGUUCAACUCAAGACGAUCCCGGUAACUGAAGGAAUCAGGUUAGACUCCGACCUACCUAUUAAAUUGGUACCUCUGAAACAGAUAGACCAAAUUGUGUACAAGCCGAUCUCGGUAGCAUCUCCUGCCAACGUUAUCACGAGCUCGCAUCAAACUGUCAACAUCUCCGAGAAUCGUUUAGUCGAUUUUGCUAUACACGCCUCUGCCAGACAGUCUAUUGCUAAUUAAUGUCAAUCUUUUGUAGAGUUUUAAUUUAUUCUUUCUCAUGUAUGUAGCUAGGUAGGUGUACAUUCUAGCAAUGACUUACUUACCUUAUCAUUCUGUGAUUAUUGUCACAGUUUUAUGAAGACAUACUCAGACAGCAAAGGCUGUGCAUGAGUAAGUCUCGAAAGAGAGAAAAUAUAUAUAUAUAUAUAUAUAUAUAUACUUGUCAAGUAAUGUAUGUUAGAUAAUAUGAAAGCGUUUGUAAUUUUUUAAAAAUUAAUACUUAGUUUAUCUACUGCCUGCUAACUCGUGACUGUUCAUAAGUCAGGAAGAAAAAAAACAUCAAAUGUCUAACAAAUAGACUAAGUGUUCAGAAAAAACUCAAAAGUUUUUAUUCUAAGAUAAAACUUAGCUGGAUAGAUCAAAACACUGUGAUGAUAGUGUUAAUUUUCGCGGAUUAUAAACAUUGUUAUUGAAAAAGAGAGAAAAGAUAAAAAAAAAAAUGAAAAAAAAGAUGUUUAGAGUGAAAAAAAUUAAAUAAAAAUGCUCGACUCGUGGCAGUUUUUUUAGGAAGUUAUUCGAGAUUUUUCGUCUAUUGCGAUUAUUAUUAUUAUUAUUAUUUUCUUUAUUUUGUUUAUUUCCAAAGUCAUUUUAAUUCAUUUACUCCUGGUAGUAAAAUCUCUCAUCAUCCACAGCUCGAGUUUUCUGAGACAAUCUAUUGAUGCAAUUAUAUAUAUAUAUAUGUGAAUAUUGUAUAGGUAUUCCGAGAUGCCAAUCAUCUUUCAAAUCAUAUUUGGGUCCAAAAAAGAAACAACAAAAAUUUGAGUGUAAUAAUUUGUUCGAAAAGAUCCUAAUGGCGAUCAUACGUUUUAAUAUACAUGUGCAUUUGAAAUAAAUGGCGUAAUGCUCCAUGACACUAUAAUUAGGUAACAACUUUAAAGGCAUGGGUCAACCUUUUUCAAUCAAGUGCUGAAUUAUAAAAAUAUAGGAAUCACGUGAUUUCAAGCCGAAGUUACGUGCUCAUUUUGUAAAAUUUAAUUAGUGAAAAUGACAUUAUUCAAUGUAAUAAUGACAAAAUCAUUCAGCCAGAAUAUAUGAAAACUUGAUAAACCAAUGGUACGAUGACAAAGCUAGAUUUUGCUCUAUUUCAAGAAAACAUUCUGACUUUUACGAAUCAGAGUAACUAUCAUAGUUUACAACUAAAUACCAUCAAUGUUUUUUCAAGAUUUAUACAUCUCAAAUUGUAAGCGACUUGUCUUGAAAAUGUAGUUUUAUUAGACGUAAAAUAAUUCUGAUAUCCAACUAGCACCGAAUCGAAAUUGAAACUGUGUAGCACGGGCUAUGUUAAUUUCGAGCCAAAAGUUCAAAACCAACUAGUAAAUAUUAUAAAGAACAACGUUUUCCUGUAUAUUGCAAACCUAGAAUUAUCGGACCUUAUUUAACGCCAAAUCUGUCACCAAAUAAAUUAUUUCUAAAAAAUUUUCGAUAUAGCUAUUUUCGUAUCAAUUCGUACUUUGCGCCACGAGUGUUGCGCGAUCACACGAGGGGUUUAAAGUUAUACGCCCGUGAUACGAACAAUAUUUUCCGUCAUAGUCGGUGUAUUUACGAGAAAACCUUUAUGUUCGCGGGUAUAGAGUUAGAUUUUUUUACGCCCGGUAGGCGUAAAGUACGGGAAAACUUUCAUGGGACUACUUUACGCCAACUAGGCAUAAAAUCCCGUACUUUACGCCUACUGUGACGAAAAAUUUGUCUUCAUUUUUGAAAAUUUAUUGGGCAAAAAUAACAGGUACAAUAAUAUUAAUUAAUGCCUCUACCUUCCGGCUAACUUCAUUUUGGUCCGAAACAAAAUGCAAGUUCAAUUCUAUGCGACAAUGACUGGGUGAUGUGGCUGACGUGAGAAAAUGAAAUGCAUUGUCACAUAAUUCGUAUAGAAUCGAAGUCGCAUUUUCUUUCAGGUAUUUGCAUGUAUUGAAAAACGAAACUAGUACGGUUGGGUCUUUACGACCACAUGCAACUUUGGAGCGAUAACAGAUUUACCACAGCUAGCCUGUCUAGGUGUCAUCCAACUCGGUCCCCAAUCCUUCUAAUCUGAGUUGGCACGCAGGUGACCCAUGUCCUUAAUGAUAAUCAAUGUGUUCGGGUAACAGAGCUCAGAUCCAAUUAUAGCAAUAAUAAUAGUAAUAUAAUUAUGUAAUGAAAACAUGAAGUCUGUUAAAUAGCAUCGUAUUUGUUAUGAUGAUAUAUUAAUGCAGUAUUAUUACUACAACGGACAGCAGCGAUGUGUAUAGAGAGAGAGAGUAAGGAAACUAGAUCAGUUAAGGGACUGAGUUUUGAAUAAUUCAAUGUUAGCUAUGGACUUAAUCACAUUGAAAUCUGCUAUCAAAUUGAGGCCGAAGUGUUUGGGUGUGUAUAUAUAUAGACAACCUUUGAUAAUGAAUAGUUGGGAAGCUUGACUCCUAAUUUUGAAAGAUGGGUACGUAACGAAGUAAAUAGCACAAAGAUUCCUGUGGUACACACAUCUUUAUUAAAUACGUUAUUCCGCAAUGACAAAUAAAGGAGUGAAACUCUCGCUUUUCUAACUCAGUUCAUAGUUUUCCAUUCAAGUUGUAAGAAAAUCACAUCAAGUAAGCAAUUUUCAAUAUGUUUACAGAUUUUAUAGAUUUAAUCUGUUGCGAAACUUUCAUUAAUUUUAAAUGAAUCUCGCUCGGCACAAACUAAAUAUUAACUUAUAGAUAACGACGUGACUUAAAUUUUGUAAUUAGAACUGAAACACGCAAAGUGUUCCCAUUCGUCUCUGAAGUCUCGUACUUCGAUCGAGUUCCGUAGAAUGUCAAUAUUCUGCUAAUUCGUUUACAAACUAUAUUCGGUGUUUUCUCACUUAUCCGAGUAGCUAAACAAAUUAGUCUUUACUUACUGCCCGUCUUACCUAGGCUCAUUGACAAUCUUUGUAACGUAGCAGAGGAACACGUAGGUUUCUUCGCUUGGAAUCAAACAUCGAAUCUGCAAUUUGUCAGGCAACGAUACAAAUCAUCUUGUUACCUGACAAAUUAUAAAUUGUACAUUUAAAUGUGGACGCUCAAUCAAGUCGCCAUUAAGUUUCAAUGUUGAACGUAAUUAUCCAAGUUUUGAAAGUGCAAACUCUUGUGCCACAUGGUCUAGUGCAUAAAAAGUAAGGCGAUUAUCGGUAUACUUAUUUAUUUUAGCGAUACACUCUUGUGUAAUCAUAAUAUCUAGUACUUCUCUAUUUGUAUCAAAUUUAUACUCAUUUUUUUUUUUUUUUUUUUUUAUGCAAACUAAGUAUCCAAUUCUUUAUAAUCAAAUUCUCGCCACGUAGCCGGAGAGGGUAAUGUUUGAUUCCAGGUAAUUUAUUGGCUAUAUAUUGAGAAAUUUAUUUAUUUUCAUCGCCUAUUUUUAAUGAAAAUGACUUACAUUUUUAAGACUUGAACAUACAUUUUUCAUAAAUCGUGAAACGCAAUAAAUGAUUGUUAUUCAUGUCAGCAUAAUAUCGGUAACUGAACACAACCAAUAAAGUUGUGUUUCCAUAAUACUCUGAACUGAAUAAAUAACCUUACGCUAUAGAAUGACAUGCUAAAAAUUCGAAAUCAAAUUCAAUUUGAAUUAUUUCAUUCGAUAUGUGCGAGGUUCGGAGAUAGCGGUAAAUAUAUGAAAUUUUCUUUUCGUUUUUAUUUUCUCUGCGAAAAUAUGCUAUAUUUCGUUCAAUGGAAUGCAUCAUCCAUCCUAGAUAAUUACAGUACACCGUUUAUAUUAAACAGAAAUGUUUGUAUUUUAUGUUUAUUAUAUGUAUGAGGUAAAGUAUCAGCAGCAAAGAAAGAUACAUUUAAAUAAAUUAAUAGAUACCAUUGAAAAUAUAAAAUUGUAUAUCAUUAACUCCUAACUUGAUUGUAACCCAUUUGCUUUAGCAAAACUAGCAUAAAUUUGCCAAUUAUUAUACCAAUUAGUAAAAUUCAUUUUUAUCUUAUAGCAUAACAAGAACGAAACUUGGUAAAGUUAAAUUAAUCAGCAAAUAAUAAACAUUCAACGCUUUUAUAGAAAAUAUGGAAUUGGUGCAAUGUACCAGGUACGGAGCAAGAAAUUACUUGACAAAGAACGCAGCAAUAUCAUCGCCAUGAUUAUAUGUCUGUAGCGAAACAUAUAUCAUUGUGCAAUUUAAAUUGUAAAUCAAAUAUCUCAAGAAACCUUGAACACUGCUGUUUUAAUCAGACAUACAAUUUUAAUCUAACAUGUUGUCUAAUUAUAUUCUUAUCACCCAAACUAUACAUACAGACUAGAAAAAAUCCUGUGCCAAGUAAUAUUUAAAUAAAUUCAAUUUAAACAUU